UUCCGGUCCCGUCCAGUCCAGAGGCCGCAGCCUCCGCGGCAGGGGCGGCGGGGCGCGGCGACCACCGCUCUGCAGCUUCCAGUCCCGCCAGCUCCUUUCGGCUCCAUGGAAACCACCGCUGUGCGGGACAGAGGGAGGCGCCUCGCUCAGCCACAUCUACACACGCCUCCGCGGACGGUCUGAUGAAAUAGAGUGCCGGAGCGUGAGAGCCCCGCGCGCUCCCAGGUUCGGCCUGCCAGUAGCUGCCGACCCAUCCAGGAAGUCGCGGCCGGCUCCCAUUUGAGGCCAGCAGGGGCGGGUCAGCAUGGCAGAAACACUGGAGUUCAACGAUGUCUACCAGGAGGUGAAAGGCUCCAUGAACGAUGGUCGGCUGAGGUUGAGCCGCCAGGGCAUCAUCUUCAAGAACAGUAAGACUGGCAAAGUGGACAACAUCCAGGCUGGAGAGUUGACGGAAGGCAUCUGGCGCCGCGUGGCUCUGGGCCACGGACUCAAACUGCUCACGAAGAAUGGCCAUGUUUACAAAUACGACGGCUUCCGAGAAUCGGAGUUUGAGAAACUCUCUGAUUUCUUCAAAACUCAUUAUCGCCUUGAGCUAAUGGAGAAGGACCUCUGUGUGAAGGGCUGGAAUUGGGGAACAGUGAAAUUUGGUGGGCAGCUGCUGUCCUUUGACAUUGGCGACCAGCCAGUGUUUGAGAUACCCCUCAGCAACGUGUCCCAGUGCACCACUGGCAAGAACGAGGUGACGCUGGAAUUCCAUCAGAAUGAUGAUGCAGAGGUGUCUCUCAUGGAGGUGCGCUUCUACGUGCCUCCCACCCAGGAGGAUGGUGUGGAUCCUGUGGAGGCCUUUGCCCAGAACGUGCUGUCUAAGGCAGACGUGAUCCAGGCCACUGGGGACGCCAUCUGCAUCUUCCGGGAGCUGCAGUGUCUGACGCCCCGCGGCCGGUACGACAUUCGGAUCUACCCCACCUUUCUGCACCUGCACGGCAAGACCUUCGACUACAAGAUCCCCUACACCACUGUGCUGCGUCUCUUUUUGCUGCCCCACAAGGACCAGCGCCAGAUGUUCUUUGUGAUCAGCUUGGAUCCCCCCAUCAAGCAGGGCCAGACCCGCUACCACUUCCUGAUUCUUCUCUUCUCCAAGGAUGAGGACAUCGCCUUGACUCUCAACAUGAAUGAGGAAGAGGUGGAGAAGCGCUUCGAGGGGCGGCUCACCAAGAACAUGUCGGGAUCGCUCUACGAGAUGGUCAGCCGGGUCAUGAAGGCGCUGGUGAACCGCAAGAUCACAGUCCCAGGCAACUUCCAGGGGCACUCAGGGGCCCAGUGCAUCACCUGCUCCUACAAGGCGAGCUCGGGGCUCCUGUACCCGCUGGAGCGGGGCUUCAUCUAUGUCCACAAGCCGCCUGUGCACAUCCGCUUUGACGAGAUCUCCUUUGUCAACUUUGCCCGUGGCACCACCACCACGCGUUCCUUUGACUUUGAGAUCGAGACCAAGCAGGGCACUCAGUACACCUUCAGCAGCAUCGAGAGGGAAGAGUACGGGAAGCUGUUUGACUUCGUCAAUGCAAAAAAACUCAACAUCAAGAACCGAGGCCUGAAAGAGGGCAUGAACCCAAGCUAUGACGAGUAUGCCGACUCCGACGAGGAUCAGCAUGAUGCCUACUUAGAGCGGAUGAAGGAGGAGGGCAAGAUCCGGGAGGAGAACGCCAACGACAGCAGCGAUGACUCGGGAGAAGAAACUGAUGAGUCGUUUAACCCAGGUGAAGAGGAGGAAGAUGUGGCAGAAGAGUUCGACAGCAACGCUUCUGCCAGCUCCUCCAGUAAUGAGGGUGACAGUGACCGCGAGGAGAAGAAACGGAAGCAGCUGAAAAAGGCCAAGAUGGCCAAGGAUCGCAAGAGCCGCAAGAAGCCUAUGGAGAUGAAGAAGGGCAAAGAUCCCAACGCCCCCAAGAGGCCCAUGUCUGCUUACAUGCUGUGGCUCAACGCCAGCCGGGAGAAGAUCAAAUCAGACCAUCCCGGCAUCAGUAUCACCGAUCUUUCCAAGAAGGCAGGCGAGAUCUGGAAGGGAAUGUCCAAAGAGAAGAAAGAGGAGUGGGAUCGCAAGGCAGAAGAUGCCAGGAGGGAAUAUGAAAAAGCCAUGAAAGAAUAUGAAGGGGGCCGGGGUGAGUCUUCUAAGAGGGACAAGUCAAAGAAGAAGAAGAAAGUGAAGGUGAAGAUGGAGAAGAAGUCAACACCCUCCAGGGGCUCAUCUUCCAAGUCUUCGUCGAGGCAGCUAAGCGAGAGCUUCAAGAGCAAAGAGUUUGUGUCCAGUGACGAGAGCUCUUCGGGCGAGAACAAGAGUAAAAAGAAGAGAAGGCGGAGUGAGGACUCUGAAGAAGAGGAAUUAGCCAGUACGCCCCCCAGCUCAGAAGACUCGGCAUCGGGAUCUGAUGAGUAGAGGAGGAAAAUUCUCUCCUUCGACUUACCCCGUUCCACCCCCAGGCUCCCCACUCAUGUUUUGGUACCUGUUUCUCCUUAUGAAAUGUAGUCCUUGAGUUCUGUGCCAUCUGAACAAGCUCUCCUGGUCCUAUGCACUCCCCGGGAGAGCUCUUUAUAAUUUGGGAGAGACUGGGUGGAAGGCAGGGCAGCGCAGUAUCCAAAUCCUGUCCUUGGGAUACAGCUGCUGCUUGUCCUCUUCACGUAACUGCAGUGGAGUCGUGAGGUUGGGCCUGUAGCUCCUAACUGGGACCUAUUUCUACAUUUAUUUUGUAUUUCUGGUCUGUGGAAAAAAAAAAUCAACAUUUAAUAAAAGGGAAGUGACU